UGUCCCCGCCAUGGAGCUCAGCGUGAUUCAUCAGUGGCUGCGGGGAGGCAACGAAGUGCUUCGCACGGUCCGCGUGUAGGCACGGCCGCGGCGGGGACAGCCCCGGCUCUGCUCUGCUGUCUGCACCGCCCUCCUCCUCCUCACCGCUUGCUCCUCUGCCCCUGCGGCGACGCGAGGAUCCCGGGGGAGGCAAGAUGGAAGAAAUCCUGCGAAAGCUGCAGAAGGAAGCGUCGGGCAGCAAGCACCGGGCCAUCAAGGAGAGCUGCACCUGGGCUAUCGAAACCUUGGAUUCUCCUGAUGCUGCUAUCAAGAUACCUCCCUAUCAGCUAAGGGAGAAGUGUCUCCUUCCUCUCCAACUAGCUCUGGAAUCGAAGAGCAUGAAGCUGGCCCAGCAGGCUCUAGCAGGGAUGCAGAAGCUGCUGUCUGAUGAGAGAUUUGUAUCCUUGGAAACAGACUCAGAUGAGAAACAAUUGCUUAAUCAGAUGCUGAAUGCCGUCAAAGUGACUCCUUCACUCAAUGAAGACCUGCAGGUUGAAGUGAUGAAGGUCUUGCUCUGUAUAACAUACACCUCCACAUUUGAGCUGAAUGGGAGCUCAGUGUUGAAGAUUGCUGAGGUUUGCAUUGAGACAUAUGUAUCUAGCUGUCACCAGCGGAGCAUUAACACUGCUGUGCGGGCAACCCUUAGCCAAAUGUUGAGUGACUUGACUUUACAGUUACGACAAAAGCAAGAAAACAUGACAAUUGAAAACCAUGACACCUCGCAGAAAUUCAAGAGUCAAGGUACUUCAGCUGAGUCUCUUUGUGAUGAUGUUGUAUCUGUCCUCACUGUGCUUUGUGAGAAGCUCCAGGCUGUCAUAAAUGACAAUCGGCAACUUCAGCUCCUUUACUUGGAGUGCAUCCUCUCCAUGUUAAACAGCUCCUCUCCCAGCAUGCACCAGCACAAAGGAUUCACUGAUCUAAUAUGGAAGCAACUGUGUCCAGCCCUAGUAGUAAUCCUGGGAAAUCCUAUUCAUGACAAAACUAUCACCUCUGCCCACAGCAGCAUCUGCCUUGAGGCUGAUUCUCCUUCCUCAGGGAUCUCUGAUCAUGGACGGGGUUCAGGUUGUUCCUCCACAGCACCUGCCCUUAGUGGGCCUGUUGCACGAACCAUAUAUUAUAUUGCAGCAGAACUGAUUCGACUGGUGGGAUCAGUGGAAUCCAUGAAGCCUGUGCUGCAGUCUCUCUAUCACCGGAUAUUGCUUUACCCACCACCUCAGCACCGAGUAGAAGCCAUCAAAAUUAUGAAAGAGAUACUUGGCAGUCCUCGGCAACUUUGUGAUUUAGCAGGGCCCUGCUCUUCUGAGUCAGAAUCCAGGAAGAGGUCUAUUUCUAAAAGAAAGUCCCAUCUGGAUCUUCUCAAGCUUAUCAUGGAUGGGAUGACAGAAGCGUGCAUCAAAGGUGGUAUUGAAGCAUGUUAUGCUUCAGUGUCCUGCGUCUUUGCCCUGCUUGGAGCAUUAGAUGAGCUGAGCCAAGGGAGGGGUCUUAGUGAAGAGCAGAUCCAGCUGCUGCUUCGACGCUUAGAAGAAUUGAAGGAUGGGACCGAGACGAGCAGGGACUCCAUGGAGAUCAAUGAUGCUGACUUCAGGUGGCAGAGGCGCAUCCUGUCCUCAGAAAAUCCUGCCUGGGAAUCAGCAAAUGAGAAAAGUCCUGAUAUUAGCAUUAGUGUUACCACAGACACUGGUCAGACCACUUUGGAAGGGGAUAUGGGACAGACAACUCCAGAGGAUAAUCCAGGAAGUCAAAAAAACUCACUGCCGUCUCCAGCUGCACGUGAAAGCAGAGAGAUUCAUUAUAGAGAACCGGAAUCAGAAACCAUUGACCAGCCAGAUGUUGUUCAGAGAAGCCACACCAUAGUCUAUCCAGAUAUAACUAACUUCUUAUCAGUUGAUUCCAAGACCCGGUCAUAUGGAUCCAGAUACAGUGAAAGUAACUUCAGUGUAGAUGACCAAGACCUUUCUAGGACUGAAUUUGAUUCAUGUGAUCAGUAUUCCAUGGCAGCAGAGAAGGACUCAGGCAGGUCAGAUGUCUCAGACAUAGGCUCUGACAAUUGCUCCCUGGCUGAUGAGGAGCAGACACCACGGGAUUGUCCAGGACACAGGUCCCUACGUACUGCUGCUCUGUCCCUGAAACUGCUGAAAAACCAAGAAGCAGACCAGCACAGUGCACAGCUGUUCAUCCAGUCACUUGAAGCUCUUCUUCCUCAGCUUAUAUCUCUUCCCAGCAUAGAGGAGGUGGAUGGAGCACUUCAGAGCUUUUCUUCAACAUUCUGCUCAGGUAUGAUGCACUCACCAGGAUUUGAGGGAAACCUAAAUUUCAGCUUCCAGACUCUGAUGAAUGCAGACAGUCUCUACAUGGUCUCACAUUACACUCUGCUGCUCAACCUAAAAUUGGCCAACUCUGAUUACUACAGGAAGAAACCUGCCCAAGCCCCUGUGUUGCUGAAGGAAUUCAUGAAGCAGGUCCAGUCCAGUGGAGUGUUGAUGGUAUUUUCCCAGGCCUGGGUUGAAGAACUGUACCACCAGGUACUAGAAAGGAACAUGCUUGGGGAAGCUGGAUACUGGGGAAGCCCUGAAGAGCACAGCCUUCCACUUAUCACCAUGCUGACCGACAUCGAUGGCUUGGGAAGCAGUGCAAUCGGUGGCCAACUAAUGGCAUCUGCUUCAGCUCAAUCUCCUCUUUCCCAAAACCAGAAGACCGAUGAGUCUGUUGUUGCAGGAGUUGCUUUUGCCCGAUACAUUUUGAUUGGCUGUUGGAAGAACUUGAUUGACACUUUGUCCACACCACUGACUGGCCGCAUGGCAGGCAGCUCCAAGGGGCUGGCGUUCAUCUUGGGAGCAGAAGGAGCCAAAGAGCAGAAUCAAAAGGAGAAGGACUCCAUCUGCGUGAGCCUGGAUGGACUGAGGAGAGCAGCCCGGCUGAGCUGUGCUCUAGGAGUUGCUGCUAACUGUGCAUCUGCUCUUGCCCAAAUGGCUGCUGCCUCCUGUGUCCAAGAAGAGAAAGAGGAAAAAGAAAUCCAGGAACCCAGUGAUACUAUAGCUCAAGUGAAACAGAAAGUGGAGCAGAAAUUGGAACAGAUGGGCAAAGUGCAGGGAGUGUGCCUGCACACUGCUCAUGUUUUGUGUAUGGAUGCAGUUCUUAAUGUGGGCCUGGAGAUGGGAAGCCACAAUCAGGACUGUUGGCCUCAUGUAUUCAGGGUAUGUGAGUACAUCAGCACAUUGGAGCACACCCACUUCAGUGAUGGUGCUUCCCAGCCCUCCAUUACCAUCACCCAGUCACAGCAGGCACCUGCAGGGCUGCACACAGACUCUGAGCCUGGGGACUCUGCCCAGGCACUGACCCCUGAGCAAGAGACCACCCUCAGCAACCAUCCUGUCAUUCAGCCAGUUUCUAUCCAGGAACUUAUCAAGGAGAGCAGUAAGGGCAGAGCUUUUGACUUCCGUGGAGGCAGUCUGCUGUGUGGAACCAGUGCUGCCAAGGCUGUACUCACGCUUUCUACACAAGCUGACAGGCUCUUUGAAGAUGCUGCUGACAAGUUAAACUUGAUGGCACUGGCAGGCUUCCUUUACCAGCUCAAGAAGGCUUCUCAGGCCCAGCUUUUCCAUUCAGUCACAGAUACAGUUGAUUACUCCCUAGCAAUGCCAGGUGAAGUGAAAUCUACGCAGGACAGGAGAAGUGCACUUCACUUGUUCCGACUUGGUGAUGCCAUGCUCAGAAUCGUAAGGAGUAAAUCUCGGCCGUUGCUCCACCUCAUGCGCUGCUGGAGCCUGGUGGCACCCCACCUUGUAGAGGCUGCGUGUCAUAAGGAGAGACAUGUGUCUCGGAAGGCUGUCUCCUUCAUCCAUGACAUCCUCACUGAAGUGCUGACGGACUGGAAUGAGCCUUCUCAUUUUCACUUUAAUGAGGCACUUUUCCGCCCCUUUGAGCGUAUCAUGCAGCUAGAGCUGUGUGACGAGGAUGUCCAAGACCAGGUGGUCACCUCUAUAGGAGAGUUGGUGGAAAUGUGUUCUACCCAGAUCCAGUCAGGAUGGAGACCCCUGUUCAGUGCUCUGGAAACAGUGCACAGCAGCAGCAAGUCAGAGGUUAAGGAGUAUCUUGUAGGAGAAUACUCUAUGGGGAAACGCCAGGCUCCGGUGUUUGAUGUCUUUGAAGCAUUUCUAAACACAGACAGCAUCCAGGUCUUUGCCAAUGCUGCCACCAGUUAUAUUAUGUGCCUUAUGAAGUUUGUCAAAGGACUGGGGGAAGUAGAUUGUAAGGAGAUGGGUGACUGUGUGCCAGGAUCAGGACCUGCAUCUACAGAUUUGUGCCUUCCCGCUCUUGAUUACCUCAGGAGAUGUUCUCAGUUAUUAGCCAAAAUCUAUAAAAUGCCCUUGAAACCCAUCUUCCUCAGUGGCCGGCUGGUUAACUUGCCCCGAAGAGUGCAGGAGCAAUCAGCCAGCAGUGAGGAUGGUAUUGAGUGCAUCCUUUCCGACUUUGAUGAUGACACUGGCCUUAUCAAUGUCUGGAUUAUUCUGCUAGAAGAAUUAACAACUGCCAUAUCCAACUGUCCCCGUCAGCACCAGCCUCCUACUUUGGAUCUGCUGUUUGAAUUGCUGAGGGAUGUUGCCAAAACACCUGGACCAGGAUUUGGCAUUUAUGCAGUUGUACAUCUUCUUCUUCCCACGAUGUCUCUUUGGCUCCAUCGCAGCCAUGGUGACCAUUCAUACUGGGAUGUGGCAUCUGCUAAUUUCAAGCAUGCCAUUGGCCUUUCCUGUGAGCUCGUAGUGGAGCACAUUCAAAAUUUCAUACACUCAGAUAUUGGUUAUGAAAAUAUGAUUAAUGCUAUGCUGAAAGAACUUUUCAAGUUGCUGGUAGCCUGUGUAGCAGAACCAACAGAAAUUAUUUCCAGAGUUGGCUGCUCUUGUAUCAGGUAUGUGUUAGUGACAGCAGGGCCUGUUUUUACUGAGGAGAUGUGGAGGCUUGCAUGUUGUGCCCUGCAAGAUGCAUUCUCUGCCACUCUGGAGCCAGUAAAGAACCUAUUGGGCUAUUUCCACAGUGGUUCUGAAAGCUUUAGUGGAGAUGCUUGUGAAGUGAAGGUGGCAGCCCCCUCCCUUUCACCAAGUGCUGAAGCUGAAUACUGGAGAAUCAGAGCCAUGGCACAACAGGUCUUCAUGCUGGAGACCCAGUGCUCCCCAAAGACCCCUAGCAACAAGGAAGGAUUUGAACAUGCCCAGUCAUGCGUGCUCAUCAUUGACCUGCCACCAGAUAAGAAACCAAAUGGGCAUUCGCAGAGAAGUAUUCCUUUCAGGACAAUAGUGGUGAGUUUGCUGUCCCAUCAAGUACUGCUCCAGAAUUUAUAUGACAUCUUACUGGAGGAAUUUGUGAAAGGCCCUUCUAACUUGGAGGAAAAAAUGACAAUACAAGUACCAGAAAACAAGUUGGCUGGUUUUCUCAGGUACAUCUCCAUGCAGAACCUGGCUGUCAUCUUCGACUUACUGCUGGACUCCUAUAGAACAGCCAGAGAGUUUGACACCAGACCUGGAUUGAAGUGUUUGCUGAAAAAGGUUUCUGGCAUUAGCGGAGCUGCCAAUUUGUAUCGCCAGUCAGCAAUGAGCUUUAACAUCUACUUCCAUGCUUUGAUUUGUGCAAUCCUGACAAACCAGGAGAACAUCACUGCAGAGCAAGUGAAAAAGAUCCUCUUUGAGGAUGAUGAGAGAAGCACAGACUCAUCACAGCAGUGUUCUUCAGAAGAUGAAGACAUUUUUGAGGAAACUGCCCAGGUCAGUCCUCCACGAGGGAAGGAGAAGAGACAGUGGAGGGCUCGAAUACCAUCCCUGAGUGUACAGCCUGUCAGCAAUGCAGACUGGGGAUGGCUUAUCAAGAGGCUUCAUAAGCUCUGCAUGGAACUGUGCAACAACUAUAUCCAGAUGCAUUUGGACCUGGAGAAUAAUGUAGAGGAGCCUCCAGCAUUCAAAGGCGACCCUUUCUUCAUUUUACCAUCCUUUCACUCAGAAACCUCCACCCCAUCAACUGGAGGGCAGUCUGGGAAGGACACACCAUCAGAAGAUGAUCGGAGUCAAAUCAGGGAUCAGCUGGGAGACAGCCUGACACCCCGAGGAGGGAGUGGAGAAAUAUUGCUGCUACCACCACCCCUAAGUCCUAAACCAGAGAAAAAAGAGCAAACCAGGAAAAAAGAGUGGUGGGAGAAUGCUGGCAACAAGAUCUACACCAUAGCCGCUGAUAAAACCAUCUCCAAGCUCAUGACAGAAUACAAGAAAAGAAAGCAGCAACAGGCCAUGACAUCCUUCACCAAAGAGGUCAAAGUGGAAAAGAAAGGAGAACUUCUCGGUUCAAGAGGGCCAGACUCACCCAUACUCCAGCGGCCACAACAUCUUAUAGAUCAAGGUCAAAUGAGGCAUUCAUUCAGUGCUGGUCCGGAGAUCCUGAGACAAGAGAAGAGACCACGCUCAGGAUCCACAGUCAGCUCUCUGAAUAUAUCUGUUAGGGAUGCUGAGGCCCAGAUACAGGCAUGGACCAACAUGGUGCUGACAGUUCUCAACCAGAUUCAGGCCCUGCCAGACCAAACUUUUACAGCCCUGCAGCCGGCGGUAUUUCCCUGUAUCAGCCAGCUGACCUGCCACGUGACAGAUAUCCGUGUCCGCCAAGCAGUACGGGAAUGGCUGGGAAGAGUGGGACGAGUUUAUGAUAUCAUCAUUUAAACCUAGCUGCGCUCUGUUGUAAAGAGGAGAAGACAUCAAAGGUAUACAGCAAAGAAGUACUUGGGGUUCAUUAAUUGCCUAUUUGUUGGUGGUACAUUGAGAAACAAUGAGCUUGUCGAUGUAUAUCUUAUGUCUGCUUGAAACUGUGUCCCCCUCACUCACACUAGCAAAGAUGGCAAAGCAUGAGUAUGUCCAGCAUGGUCUGGAAUGGCCCCAGAACCCAGAAACUACCAGUAAGUCAGGCUGGUACCUAAAGGGGUGAUACAUUUCAGUAGCCUUCAUUUAAUUCAAAUUUGCAACAGUGGGAGCCACAAUAAACUGCAGCAGAACUUCCACACUUAUAAUUAGCUGUGAACACAACUGCCAUCUGGAUGUCAAACCAGGCCAGUAAGCCUAUGGAACUUUAAGAAAAGAAAUAAAUAGAAUGCAGGGAAAAGGUAGGGCUAUGGGAGAAGUGAAAAACUGACGGUUGGUUAGGGAAACCUUUUUACCUUCUGAAAUAAGCAUGAGAGAAGAAAGCCAAAUAAAGAUUACUCUAGUAAUUGUAAUUACUAAUAUGCCUCACUCACUAGAGGAUGUAAGUGGAGAUUUAUUUUGCUCUGAGAGAAGCCUUUGAAAUCUGUUCACAUUUGGGGUAGCUAAUAAGUGACUAUUAAAGUAUCCCAAGGCUAAAACUGAUGAACCAAGCACAGACUAUUCGUCCUUUCAUUGCUCUUGUGGAGUAUUGCUUUAAGACAAAUGGCACUGUCAAAGCUGCUCUCUCUACAACACUACUCAGUCUGCCUAUUCAGCUACACCUACAGCUGAUCAUUUUUCCAUGUUUUUAGUUCCCCCUAAGGGCAACAAGGAAAUUUGUUUUGCUGUUUCCUGUGAACCUGUGGGAGAAGACACACCACAGAGCACAUACCAGCA